UCAUACCAAAGUCCAAACUGAUUCAAACCAAAUCCAAUUGAAGUCUAGACAAAGGCAUACGCAGUUAACAGUUGCUAGAAGACCUUGGACAUGUUUACAACUUUUUAGCCGGUUUUGUCCCUAAUCAUUCAGCAUUGGCUAAUAUCUAACACGAAUGCAUGUAGGUCAGUUCCCGAACUCAGAGUCAAUUUAUUCCCAGUGUUCAUUUAGCUACCCCAACAAUUUAGAGUAAACCAACUUGUUGACUCGGCUAAUUAGGCGCCUGAGUGAUUAAUCAAUAACUAAUAUCUAAUUUCUAAAUCAAAUAUAUUUUGUUGGUGCACUUAGUAAAUUGAAAAGCUAUCUGUGCUGGCUGGUUAGUUUGUGACAGCAUGUCUGGCAGUCGCAACGUGCGCUUAUAUUUGUGUGUCCUGUACAGGUUGGGCAUGCUGUGUGCCCAGUUCGAUGAUCGCGAGUGUUUGCUACAGUCAACGCCCGGCAGUGAGCGCUACGCGCUUUUUCACAUGCUGAUCGUACUGAUCGCAGCAUUCGCUGGCUUCAUCUACGUCUGCCUGCGGCCUCAAGAGCUCUACAUGGGCAUUUACAACGAUACAGGCAACUACUAUGAACUAUUCAAUAUACGGAGCUUUUGUGUAGGUCUCUGCCUGCUCCAUAUAUGCCUCUAUAUACGACGUCAGCGUCACAUCGAGUUGGUUCAGAAACUACUUCGCCUGCAUCGCUUGUGCCCCGAUGCGGCCUUGGAGCGUUACUUUCGGCGCAACUUCAAUGUCUACGUAGCUCUGGCCGUGCUCUGCUUGGUGAACUAUUUGAAUGGCUAUGCCCGGGCGGGCCUAUCCAAAGUUCCCACUCUACUCUAUAUUGUUGUGUAUUUGUAUAGCUUCUCGGCAAUGUGCCUGUUGCUGGUGUUCUUUGUCUGCUUGCAGCAUAUUGUGGCAGCAGGCUUGGCGAAAUUAAACAGCCAGUUAGUGGAGAAUAACUCCGUGUCAAAUUGUAAGCAUUUGCUCUACAAAAGACACCGUCUCUUGGAUAUUGUUGCCGUGGAGCUAAUUGCAUGUUUCGGAGUCCUAAUACUGCCCAUUGUACCACUCGUCCUAUUUCUGGCCCCCUCUGGUCCACUCUUCCUAAUUAGCACUGUUAUGGAGGGCAAAUUAAAAAAACCUUUCGAGUUCACCAUUUAUUGCAUAACCUCCUGUCUAUGGAAUAUUCCUUGGCUGGCUAUGAUAACGUUUAUGUUACGGUCGAAUGUGAUCACAACUGAAGCCAAUAAAACAGCUAAAAUACUUGCAAAAAUACCUAGAACUGGCUCUGGACUGGACAAAAUGGUUGAAAAGUUCUUGCUCAAAAAUCUGCGCCAGCAGCCAAUACUCACAGCCUACGGAUUUUUCGCACUCGAUAAGAGCACACUCUUUAAGCUCUUUACAGCCAUAUUUACAUAUAUGGUCAUAUUGGUGCAGUUUAAGGAAAUGGAAAACUCAACCAAGUCUUUGCAGAAACCAUAAUUUGAAAUCAUUUUGCCUAACUUAUCUUACUAUAUUGUGAAGUGUAUAAAUAAAAGUGUACUUUUU